AUGGAAGCUGUAGAGGAACACCCCGUUAUAAAUGCAUCGACAGAAGAUUUGUUAUCAAAUGUAAAAGAAGGAAAUAUUCUGAACUACGUUGCCGAUUCCAAUGUGUGUCAGUCCAAUGGAGUUGAAAAGGGUUCAAAAGAGGACACUGUACCUGAACAAGUGACCGAAAACAUCGAAGAGCAGGUAAUCGCCGAAACUGACCAUAAUGCCGCCGACAUUCCUGCUCAAACGGCAGAAGAUACAAAAAAAGUAACAACUGAAGAGGAAGAAAAUAAUAAAACUGAAAUUAUUACCCCAGCUAUUGUCAAUGUUGAGUCUGCUUGUGAGCCUCAGCACAUAGAAGACAGCAUUUCUAAAGAGGAGGACACAGAUGCAAUUGCUAUUAAAGACACUGAUGGCAAUGAACAGAUCAUUAUAAAUGAUCCUAUUAUAUGUCCUGAUACAAAUGAAAAUGCUCCACAAUCACUGUCAACAACUGAACAACCUGUUGUUGAAAAUACAUCAACUAGUGAUUUAAUUACACCUGUUACAGAAGAUGUGGGAGAUGUGGAAUCAACAACAAUUAUCAAUGAUGGUAUUCAUUUUGAAACAGAAGUAAUAGUGGAGAAAAAUGAUAAUGAUGUAAAUGAAAAUAUUAUUGAAACAGAAUUUGUUGUAGUUGAGGCAGCCUCACCAAGUACCAAUAAUAUUUUAAGUGAAUUAGGUGAGAAUAUAGAAUUAAGUGAAGUAUUGCAAUCAUCUGAUAUGGCAAAUGGCUCUGAAAAUAAUAAUGCCUCGGCUAAAGAAGAAGUUUUUAAUAAGGAAGAACUUCUAGAUAUAUUGGAAGGUAAUGAUGUAGUGGAAUCACAAAUUGAUGAUAGUGUACUAAUUAAAAGUGUGAAUGAGCUUACCGCAGAUCUUGAGACACAAAAAGCUUUAAAACAGUUAUCUAUGCUUAAGAAAACUCGAAAGCCUAGAACACCAAAAAGUAAUAGGCCAAAAGAAAAUAUUAAGAAAUUGACCAAAACCUCCCCUAAGAAAACAGAAAUUCCAACUGACAUUAAUGAAACUAUGCAAGAGAAGGAAAACAAUAUUGUAAAUGAAUUAGUUAUGGAUUGGGAUGAUGAUGAUCAUUCUGAAGCCAAUUGUAAAGAAGAGAAGAUAAUUAUCAAAGAAAAUAGUGCAAUAAAAGACAGACCUCCGGUUAAUACUUUGACAAAUGAGAAUGUACAAAAACAAAUCAAGAGUGAAGAUGAAGCUACUCCCGGUGCUACCAGAAGACUUGGUCGUGUUAUAAAAAAGAAAGUCAUUUUUGAUCCAGAUAAUCCUGACACAUUUACAAAAACACCGAAAUCUAAAGACAUCCAAGGCAGCAAAGAACCACCUUUAAUUAAAAAAAGUAAAGUUGAGACUCUGCAACCAGAGAAGAGUGCAUUGAAAAGUCCGACAGCGAAACUGCAGUGGAAAAAACCAUCUCCAAGAAAUAGUAAACAACACAAAAGAUUAAGUGAAGUUGAUAAACUAUUGAUGGAUGAAGGAGCCGUAAAUAUGAUAUAUCAGCUUACUCCAGAAGCGCCAAAAGGAAAGAAAAAUGUAAAAACCAAAGCAGAAUUUAUUAAAAAGUUGCAAAGCUCCACCCCUGAUGGUAAGGAAAUGAAAUUUAGAGAGAGAAAAAAAGAGGCUAAAUAUGAAGAUGGAGACGCUAGAAAACUAUUAGGUGGAAAACAUAGAUCUUCUUUGAGUAGUUCAGUUAAAUCACCUUCAGUUAGUGAGGACUUUGAGACACAUAGUGCAGAUGACUCUAUAAUAUAUCGUCGUCAUUCCUCUAGUUCUUACUCCAGUAGCUGUAUGAGUCCUCGUCGGUUGAGCGAUGUAGAAGGUGCCACACAAAAUAGUAAACUUCAGCAAAUACCUUUACAGGCAGUGGAUUCUUUAAUAAUUGAUGAGUCAAAAGAGCUACCCGAGGAAAGAACAUUUCUGUCUGACUCAAGUUCUUUUAAUAUCGAGGAUCAUAAAAAUGAUGUUAUUAACAAAGAAGGUUGUCUGUCCUUGAAAGAAAAAUUGAAAUCAAAGUUGUCUAUUGCAUUAAAUAAGAGAAAGAGAGAGAGUCUGAAAUCGGAGAAACCAGCUAAACAGAAAAAAAUAUUAAAAACAGAGGAACAACUGAACAUAAGUAAAACAAAUGUUGGAGAAUUUAAUUUUGUAUCAAUUCUUAUUGAACAGCAUUUGGCUGAAAUUUGUUUUAAAAAUUUAGGCUUACAAAAUAGUAUUCAGGUUUUCAAUGAGUUAGAGCAGGCUUUGAAAUUUAUUGAUGACAAGCCGGAGGUUUCGGUGACCCUGAUAUCCUCACAAUGUGGAACCCUCUGCUCUAGCUUGGACUUGAGCAUACUUAUAGAUGAAAAUAUUGAACUCAGGAAAAAAAAUGCAUUUGACCUAGCAGAAUCCGUAAGAUCCUUGCUAGUGACAGUGAGCCGUCAUACAAAACUACUAUGUUGCGGGGUUUGGGGCGCCUGUUCUGGGGUCACGAUUCCCUUGGUGGCGAUGUGUGACGUUGCACUUGCUUCAGAAUGUGCAACGUUCGCGCUUGCAGCUGCGCCGGCGCCGACUCUGCCCGGGGCUGCGGCGCUAACAGCUACCCAUCGCGCAUUACCACAGACCUUUGUCAACGAUCUGGUGGUAUUCGGGCGUCGCAUCUCAGCCGCAGAGGCGCUUAGAGGCGGACUUAUCACGCGCUCUCUGUGGCCUGAUAGAUUCGACGAACAAGCCCGGAACAUUGUUAAGGACAUCGCCAUCCAACCACCUCACGCGAUAUUGCUGAAGAAACGUCUCCUCGGUCUGAAGAAAUCUGGUGAGGCAGAGGCGACAUUCCUAUCCUCAUUGGAGUCGGAACGAGACCUUCUUGUAGAGUAUUGGACCUCAGUUGAAGGGCAGGACCUAUUGCGAACGGCUUUAGGUGCCUCUUAG